UUUGAGCAUGUGAGCAUGCUGGUGAUUCUGCUGAACUGUGUGACUCUGGGCAUGUUCCAGCCAUGUGAGGACCUCAAGUGCCAGUCUGAGUGGUGCGUCGUCCUACAGGCAUUUGAUGACUGCAUCUUCGCCUUCUUUGCUGUGGAAAUGGUCAUCAAAAUGAUAGCCCUGGGGAUUUUUGGAUCAAAGUGUUACCUUGGCGACACAUGGAACCGCCUGGACUUCUUCAUUGUCAUGGCAGGGAUGAUGGAGUAUUCACUGGACGGUCAUAACGCCAGCCUGUCAGCCAUCCGGACUGUGCGAGUGCUCAGGCCCCUGCGAGCCAUCAACAGAGUGCCGAGUAUGAGGAUACUGGUGACUCUGCUUCUUGAUACUCUGCCUAUGUUAGGCAACGUCCUCCUGCUGUGCUUUUUUGUCUUCUUUAUAUUCGGCAUUGUCGGGGUGCAGCUGUGGGCUGGACUUCUUAGGAAUCGGUGUUUCAUGCCAGAUAACGUGAAAGCCCUUUAUAAUCUGUCACACAUGCGUCCGUACUACAUGAAUGAAGAAGGUGAGGACAACCCCUUCAUCUGCUCCUCCAAUAAGGAGAACGGCAUGCUGCGCUGUAGUCAGGUGCCCCCCUCCAAGGAGGGUGUUGAGUGCACAUCUCCACCGGCACAUGCCUACUCUGGCCUGAAUGGGACAGGCAACAGCAGCUGUGUUAACUGGAACCUGUUUUACAGUGAGUGUAAGCCCGGGGAGUUCAACCCGCACAAAGGGGCAGUGAACUUCGAUAAUAUUGGAUACGCCUGGAUUGCGAUAUUCCAGGUUAUUACUUUGGAAGGAUGGGUGGACAUCAUGUACUACGUUAUGGAUGCCCACUCCUUUUACAAUUUUAUAUAUUUUAUAUUGCUUAUUAUAGUGGGUUCCUUCUUCAUGAUCAACCUGUGCCUGGUUGUAAUCGCAACCCAGUUCUCAGAAACAAAGCAGCGCGAGAACCAGCUGAUGCAGGAGCAGCGAGCACGUUACCUCUCCAACGACAGCACCCUCGCCAGCUACUCUGAGCCGGGGAGCUGUUACGAGGAGAUGCUCAGGUACAUCAGCCACCUGUACCGCAAGGUGAAACGCCGCGCUUCCCGCAUCUACAACGGCUGGCAGAGCAAGCGCAGAAAGAAGGUGAACCCCAACAGCGGGCUGAGUGGGGGAGGAGGAGGAGGUGGUGGUGGGGCCAAUGGUCACAGCAGGCACAGAGGUGGUGGACACUGGGUUCGCUCCAUCCACAACCUCAUCCAACAGCACCAACGACAGCACUGUCACCUCAGCAAUGGCAGCCCCAGUCCUGUGACUGCUACGGGGCCCGGCGAGGCUCUGGAAAUGAGGUCCAUCACAACGGGGCCGCAACUGACCGUGUCCUCGCAGCCAACCGCCAUGCACAAUCUUUCUUCCAGGACUCAGUCAGUGCACAGCAUUUAUCAAGGUGACUUUCAGGAGACCUCGCAAGGGCGAACGAGCUCUGCCGUGGGCGUGCCGGCACUUGGGCGACUAAACGGGGGCAUGAAUUAUCCGACCAUCUUGCCCUCGCUCAUUUGCAGCUAUACAGGCAGCAGUUCUGCAGGGAAAGGAAGGAGGGAGUCGGAUGCAAAUACAGGAUGUGAUGCGAUUGAUCCCUUUGAGAAGCUGCACCAGCUCAUGGGAGAACAUAGCCACAGUCGUGUGCUGCUGCAGAUGGCUGGUGUGGUGCCCAGUCCGUUGCUUCUUGAACUCCUGAGUUGCCCGUAUUGUGCAAGGGCCCUGGAGACCAUGGAUGUGGAGCUCAGUGAUUCAGAUUACUCCAGAUCAGAAGGGGACGUGGUGUACGAGUUCUCCCAUGGAGCAGAGUUCAAACCCUGCCGUGCACCCCAUCAUAAAAUGCUGGAGGAGCGUAACCGCCUGGCUCAGUAUUGGGAUGACUUCCGGGACAGAUUAAUACGCAUAGUGGAUAGCAAAUACUUUAAUCGAGGAAUUAUGAUUGCCAUCCUCAUCAACACCUUGAGUAUGGGGAUUGAAUACCAUGAGCAGCCUGAGGAGCUGACAAACGUCCUGGAGAUUAGCAACAUCGUCUUCACUAGCAUGUUUGUCCUCGAAAUGCUCUUCAAACUGCUGGCCUUUGGCAUCUUCGGCUAUAUCAAGAACCCCUACAACAUCUUUGAUGGGAUUAUUGUAGUCAUAAGUGUGUGGGAGAUCAUAGGGCAGGCAGAUGGGGGUCUUUCAGUGCUGAGGACGUUUCGUCUCCUGCGUGUGCUCAAACUGGUGCGAUUCCUCCCUGCGCUGCGCAGACAGCUGGUGGUCCUGAUGAAGACCAUGGACAAUGUGGCAACUUUCUGCAUGCUGCUCAUGCUUUUCAUCUUCACAUUCAGCAUUCUUGGAAUGCAUCUGUUUGGAUGCAAAUUCAGCUUGAAGAUGGAGAAUGGAGACACUAUUCCAGACAGGAAAAACUUUGAUUCCCUGCUGUGGGCCAUUGUCACUGUGUUUCAGAUUCUGACCCAGGAAGACUGGAACGUGGUCCUCUAUAAUGGAAUGGCUUCCACCACCCCAUGGGCGGCUCUUUAUUUUGUGGCUCUGAUGACUUUUGGGAAUUAUGUGCUCUUUAACCUACUGGUGGCCAUCUUAGUGGAGGGGUUUCAGGCAGAGGGAGAUGCUAACAAGUCAGAUGCGGAUGAGGAAAAGCGGUCAGUGAACUUUGAAGAGGAGGAGAAGAUGGGGGAAUUACGAGAUACAGAGCUGAAGAUGUACUCUCUGAUGAUGUCAGCCAAUGGGCACGUGGAUCCUCGAGGCACUUUGCCCCCUCCAAUCAUCAUGCGCACUGCUGCCACCCCAAUGCCCACUCCGAAGAGCUCGCUCGGCCCCGAGUCAGUGUUUGGUCUGAGUGAGUCCAGACGGGGCAGUGGGAUCUCGAUAGAUCCAAAUGCUUUUGAUCAAAAAUCCCUGCCCAGCCCAAGAAGAUCUCCAUGCCACCCCCGUGGCUCAGGCAGUAACUGGGGCAGCCGUAGGUCAAGCUGGAACAGCUUAGGACGGGCGCCGAGUUUGAAAAGGAAGGACACAUCUGGGGAGAGGGAGUCUCUGCUGUCUGGGGAAGGCAGGGGCAGCUUUGAGGACGACGACUUGGAGGGUGAAAAGCUGGCCAAUAUCAGUGGAGGGUCACUGCAACAUCCCAGCUCUCUGGAUAUCCCUGAACUGCCCCAAACCCCCAGCUUCAGCUCACUGGGAGACUACCACGACUGCAAUGGAAGAAGCCUGCAUCUGCCCACUGACCUGUCCGCCAACCUGAGCAAAGAAGACUCCAUUGGAGAGGAGGACAUGGAUGAUAGCUUCUGUUUCCGUCUCAAGAGGACGUUUGAAGCAUAUAAACCUAAGUGGUGUAAAGAUCAUGAAGACUGGUCCCUUUAUCUGUUUUCUCCUCAGAACAAGUUUCGGAUGAUGUGUCAAAGGUUAAUUUCUCACAAGAUGUUUGAUCAUGUAGUCUUGGUAUUCAUCUUCCUAAACUGCAUUACCAUUGCUCUGGAAAGACCCUCUAUCCCACAAUCUGAGCGGAAGUUCCUCAUUAUCUCCAAUUAUGUUUUCACUGUGAUUUUUGUUGCUGAAAUGACUGUGAAGGUGGUGGCCCUCGGUUUUUGCGCCGGGAAGCACAGUUAUCUGCAGAGCACCUGGAAUGUUCUGGACGGGGUGCUGGUCUUUGUCUCUCUCGUUGACAUUUUGGUCUCUCUGGCCUACACUAAUGGAAACCGAAUCCUUGGCAUCCUGAGGGUUCUUCGUCUGCUGAGAACUCUGCGGCCGCUGAGAGUGAUUAGUCGUGCUCCUGGACUGAAGCUGGUGGUGGAAACGCUAAUAACGUCCCUGAGGCCCAUUGGGAACAUUGUGCUGAUCUGCUGUGCCUUCUUCAUUGUCUUUGGCAUUCUUGGAGUUCAGCUCUUCAAAGGAAAGUUUUUCCAUUGCGAAGGUGGCGACACCAAAAACAUCACCAAUAAGUCUGAUUGUCUUCAAGCGAACUACAAAUGGAUUCGGAGAAAGUACAACUUUGACAACUUGGGACAGGCUCUCAUGUCGCUGUUCGUGCUUUCCUGUAAGGACGGAUGGGUCAACAUAAUGUAUGACGGGUUGGACGCUGUCGGGGUGGACAUGCAGCCUGAGCGCAAUCACAACCCCUGGAUGCUCCUCUACUUCAUCUCUUUCCUGCUGAUCGUCAGCUUCUUUGUGCUGAACAUGUUUGUGGGAGUGGUGGUGGAGAACUUCCACAAGUGUCGUCAGGACCAGGAGGAAGAGGAGGCGCGCCUGCGCGAGGAGAAGAGGCAGAGGCUGCUGGAGAAAAAGCGCAGGAGUAAGGAGAAUUGCGGGUCUGAGGCCCAGCAGAGACCGUACUAUGCAGAUUACUCUCCAGCCCGGCUCUACAUCCACACACUGUGUACCAACCACUACCUGGACCUCUUCAUCACCUGCAUCAUUGGCAUCAAUGUGGUCACUAUGUCUAUUGAGCACUUCAAUCAGCCUCACUACCUUGAAGAGGCUCUGAAAUACUGUAACUACGUCUUUACCAUCGUCUUCAUAAUUGAGGCUUUGCUGAAGCUUGUGGCAUUUGGUUUUCGGAGAUUCUUCAAAGACAGAUGGAACCAGCUGGAUCUAGCCAUAGUCCUGCUCUCUAUCAUGGGCAUCACCCUGGAGGAGAUCAAGAUGAAUGCAGCGUUGCCAAUCAACCCCACCAUCAUCCGCAUUAUGAGGGUGCUGAGAAUAGCCAGAGUGUUGAAGCUUUUGAAGAUGGCUACAGGCAUGAGAUCCCUGCUAGACACAGUUAUGCAAGCUUUACCACAGGUGGGAAAUCUAGGCUUGCUGUUUAUGCUCCUCUUCUUCAUUUAUGCGGCACUUGGCGUGGAGCUUUUUGGGAAACUAGAAUGCACUGACAACAACCCAUGUGAAGGAUUAAGCAGACAUGCUACGUUUGAAAACUUUGGAAUGGCCUUUUUAACACUAUUCAGAGUAUCGACGGGGGACAACUGGAAUGGCAUAAUGAAGGACACUCUGCGAGAGUGCCUUCCAAGUGAACCUAACUGCUUCAGCUAUCUGCCCCUGGUUUCCCCCAUCUACUUCGUCACCUUUGUGCUAAUGGCUCAGUUUGUGCUGGUUAACGUGGUGGUGGCCGUACUGAUGAAACACCUGGAGGAAAGCAAUAAGGAGGCUAAAGAAGAUGCGGAAAUGGAUGCCGAGAUUGAGAUGGAGAUGGAAAUGGCUCGGCGUCUCAGCAACGUCUCGGCGGUGAGCUCCUCAGGACCGGAAGGAAGGGCAACUUAUGUAGGACCGCGCCCAGAUUCACCUGGACAGGAUGAGAGGAUGCAAAGAGUGCAGGAGAAUUUGCUCUCUCCGCGGAAAAUGUCAGUGUCGAGGAUGCACUCUUUGCCCAAUGACAGCUACAUGUUUCGCCCUGUGAGGCCAGCCAGUGCUCCUUAUCCACUAGAAGAAGUGGAAACCAGUCAAGGGUACCUUGAAUUAGGCUCUAUCACCUCAGUCCACUCCCAGCCAUGCGAAAGCCAUUCCCUGCUCCAGGUCCCCGGUGUUCCUCCCCAUUCCCAGUUCAACUACCUCCCCAAGAUUCCCCCUCCCAUGCCCUCUCCAACCCACAGCAUAGGCAGGACUUUACGCAGACAGGAGGCAAUUAAAAACGACUCCAUCGACGUGCAAAGUUUCGACUCCAAAGACAAAGACAGACAGGCAGGGAUAACUACGGGCAGCUUCAAGCUGCGUGUUCCUCGGAUCGCCGGCCCCAGCAUCCCUCAGGGGUCACCCUUGCUGCCCCCACGUGGACAUGCACCCAGUGUCUGCACCUUCCAGCAGCACCGCAGCCAGCACAAUAUCCCGUCCCGACCUCCCAGCCUGGCCAGCAGCAGCAGAAGCACCAGCCCCAGUGGCUCCAUGUUUGAUUCCGCUGAUCCGACCGACGAGGAGGUGCGCCACAUCAACAGUACAGCCCGGCUGUGGGUAGGGGUUCAGGCAGAAGCCCGGAGUCACUCCCUGUCUCCUUACACCACCUCAGGGAUGCUGCUUCCGGUCCCCGUGAAGAACUGCAGCAGCGCUGCCAACUUAAGCGUCAAGGACCCAAAGAAGUGCUUUAGCGUGGACACGGAGGGUUUUCUGGAAAAACCCUACGGCUCCGAUGACCAUCGCAGGCACUCAAUCGAGAUUUGCUCUUCAGUAGAUGAAGGGCUGUUUGGGCAAGAACUCAGCGAGAAGAGGCACGUUCCAAUGCGGGGACAGUCGUUGCACAUUCCCCGGAAGAAAAAGAUGAGCCCUCCUUGUAUCUCCAUCGAGCCACCGUUUGAAACGGAGGCUCCCGGCUCCAUGAAAAAGCUGUCGGAGAGCAGCAUGUUACUACGGAGGAGGACGCCAUCCUAUGACCUGGCCCUGCAGGAUUUGCCAGAGAACCAGUUGUCUACCCAGCCGCUCAUCAAAGUAGAGCGGCACCCCUCUCACUGUGCCGAGUAUCUGUCCCUGCCGCACCCCACCCCGAUGGGCGGUCUGGCAGGCAUUUUGUGCGAAAGCACACAGCCGCCCCCCUUUGAUAGCAGAUUUGAAGAAUCCACAGACUUCGGCUCUGUAAACAGGACAGCCCAAUGAGGGAUGUCGGCUUUAGCCAAAUUUUACCGUCCACACUCAAGGGUGCGGCCACUAGUUGAACGGGGGACGUCGACCUCUUUCUGUAGCCAAAGUUUUCUUUGUUUCUUUUUCAAAUGUAAUAUCGUCAUGAAAGCCAGCCAGGAAUGGCAACCGAUCCUAGCGGGGAACAGCAUUUGAUCUGACUGUGAUCGGGCGAGGUGUUGAACAUGGGAUAUGCAAUUUCAGGUUUCCAUAUGGAACUCUGGUUCUUAUUUUAUUCCCAGUGCUCAAUCACAUUGAUUUGAGUUCAGGAUGUGUAGUGUUAUGUAUCAUCUGUAUCAUAUUUGUCAGUCUUUCCUCUCUUUGUCUUGAGCAUUGGUAAUGUUUUCUGUAAAGACAGAGUAUACAGAUUAAAAAGACUAAGAAGAACUGUACAUGUUAUGUAUUUUAUUGACUCAUAAGGUGUAAAUAGAGAACAUAUUGUAUUAGUGGAGAAACAAGCUCUAUUCAUAUGCACAUAUUUUUUAUAGAGAUCUAUAAUGUUUUUGCACAUAUCAAUUUGAAUUGUCCUCUGUUGUCUUCUUGUGAAUGUACAUUUUUUAAUCAAAUAGCUGUGGGAUCAAUUCUAGUCUGUUUAGGCCUACUGAUAUUGAGAUGAUUUUUAUUUUUCUAUUGGGAGGACGGGGUGUGUCGUGUUAUAUAGAUCCAAUGAGAACCAAACUACAAACGAUCUGUAGCCUGAGUGCAAUACACUAUAAAUGUUUCCGUAAGUUUACCCAGUUAGGUUACUCACUUUUUAAACAAACAUAGCCAGUAACGUGCAUCUCACACACACACACACACAACCCUUUACCAUGCUCAGGUUCAUCUCAAAGUGUAUAUUACGAUUUCUGCUACACUACACUAUAACCUAAUUUAACCACAACAUAACCUAUUUUAACAUUCUGUGGCCCUUGGCUGUGGCACAAGUUGCAUGUGAAGGACAGAGUAAUUCAAAUGUAAAUGUGACCUUGUUCUGUUUCUCCUGAUGUUCAAACUUUAUAACUGUCAAAGCAGAAGACUGAGGGAGUUAAUAUCAGCACACGUCUGAUCUAUUUUUUGAUCUGCUCUGCUUUGAAAUGGCACCUCUGGGUUUGUGCCCUUGUGAAACAAUGAGACAACUGUUUAAUGAAAGGAACACAAAGGUAUGUUUUGAUUUUUUUUUUUUUGAAAGUGAUCAAUGUGAUUUAUGUAUAGUUAAACUAAGCCAUGACGUUUUGGCAAAUCACAGGUAAACGACACCUGCAAAUCCUGCUCUUGAAAUGAUACAACUCACACAACAACAUAUCCAGUGUCAUCAAUGCAUCACCUGAGAUUUAAAAUAGUUUUUGCAGCUUUCACGCUGUGCUAAUUUACCUUUUUCCUCCAUUUAUGAUUCUCCUCAAAAGAUGGAGAGGGAAAAUCAGUUGCAUGUUAUUGAGAGAUUUAGAACUACAAACAUCUGGAUGUUUUUGAAGUUUUUGAUAUUUCAAUUUACAGAUAUUUUCCAUUUGUAGACUUAUUAUCUAAUUGCACUGAGAUGUAAUUACAAGGUAUUCCUCUUUGUAGAAACCUACUUAUUGUUGUCUAAUGCAAUAUUUUAUGAUAGUCUAUGUUGAGACGAGUGCAAAAGGUUUAGUUUUAAGCAAAAAUCAUGGAUGAUCAGAAUUGGUAAAAGUAUGUACUCUGACAACAUAAUCGGACGUCAAUUUAACUUUGGACUUUGAGACAAAUGUGUGCAGUGUUUCAUGUAUCUUACGGUACUAGAUCCAUGUUUUUUUGCAAGAGGAUUGUUGAGAGGUUUUUUUAAACUGCUAUUGAAUAAAUGAUAGAGCUGUAUGGAUGGAGUAGUAUAUUACUGCUUAAAGUGUUUUAAUCACUUUGGGCACAUGGACAUUCUUAGCUGUUUUUUUUUUUUAAAUAUGAGCUUUUGCCAUCAAGCAGCCUAAUGUCCUUAACCCUUCAAUAAAUAAUCAAAGCAUUUUCCUCAA